AUGAUGAAAGAACAGCACACAAUGAUGAUUGACCAGCAAGCCUCAUUAAGAAAUCAUCAAACAUCAAUUCAUAAUCUAGAAGUACAACUUGGUCAACUAACUACUUUUGUGAGCAACAAAUUAUCCUCACAAUUUCCCGAAAAGAAUGCUCAAUCCUAUGUUAUGAUGAUUGAUACUGAAGAAGAGGCCAUCUUUGAGUUUUUAGAAGCAAUAAAGGAGGAGCCAAAUCCAUCCAGACCAAAGUCGAAGAAGUCGAAGCUCGAAAACAAAAUUGUUGUUGAAACACCAGACUCACGUCGUGAGCCCUCCAUGCUCACGAUGUUGGCUAGGUCUGAACAGAAAAAUUCAAAAUCCAUUCUGGCUUACCGACCACCUUUGCCGUUUCCGUCUCGAGCACAUCUCAGUCUACUGGAAAGGGAACAUCUGGAGUUUAUUCAGAAAAUAAAGGGUAUUCCUAUUAAUACCCCUUUUAUCGAUUCACUUUCAAAAAUUAUAGAAUACACGAAGUUCCUACAAGAUCUUAUAGACAAUCGUCAACAAUUAAAGAAGAAAUCUAAAGUAAUUCUUAGUGAACAAAGUUCAAGAGCUAAAACGAAGGCUACAAAUAUGACCAUCCACAUGGCCAAUCGUUCGGUGACUCACUCGAGGGGAAUUGUAGAAGACAUCCUUGUUAAAAUUGGGAAAUUUGUUUUCCCAGUUGACUUUAUGAUUAUGGAUAUAAAGGAGGAUGUUAAUGUCCAAAUUAUUCUUGCUCGCCCUCUACUUAAUACUACUAGAGCUUUAGUUGAUGUUCGUGAAUCCAAGCUUACAUUGAGGGUUGGUGAUGAUGAGGAGACUUUUGGAAUACAAGAUGGUUUUCAAGGAGAAGAUGUAAAAGGUGAGGUGUUUAAUAUGGAUGAAGAUAAUGAUCUUGAAGAAUUGGAGAAUCUCAUGGAGGAAGAAAUCAAGACAAUUCAUCAAGUCAAACGCACCAAACCGAGAGCAUCCGUCCCGUUCUUCGUUGAAGUCAUUACCCACACAAAACCAACAACUUUGAUGAGUGAGGAAAGCGAUGAAUUGUCGAUUGAUGAAGACGAGGCUACUUCUAAGGAUACAAGUUCAUUGGUGAAGAAAGAAAAGAUUCCUAGGGAGCUUAAUAAAAGCGAAGAAAAACUGGAGACUAAAGGGAUCAAACGCAAGCUCGAUGGAGACGAGACCAAAGCUAAAAAGGAGAAUUCAAAGAAGGCGUACAUUCGAUGUGUCCAAGCUUACAAGAGGCAAUGGAAAGAAUAUAAAAUUUAG